AUGGAUGACACUACGAAACUGAACACAUCGAAACUGGGAACCAAACAAUACUGGGAUGACUUUUAUGCUGUUGAAAAAUCGAAUUUUGAGGAAAACCCACAAGAUACCGGUGAAUGCUGGUUCGAUGACAGUAAUGCCGAAGAAAAAAUGGUUGAAUUCUUGAUGAACCACUUGGGACAGUUGAGAAUCGAUAAAAGUUGUUCGAUGAUCGAUUUAGGGACCGGAAAUGGACAUUUGCUUUUCCAGCUUUUUGAAGAAGGUUUUGAUGGGAGAAUGGUGGGUGUAGACUACUCGAUGAAAUCGGUAGAAUUCGCCAAAGAGAUCUUGCAAACACAAUACCAAGACUCAGAUAACUUCGAGUUUGCACCGGCAGAUAUCUUUGAUCCCCAGUGGCAGCCGUCUAAAUUCGACGUUGUGCUCGACAAGGGCACAUUAGAUGCAAUCGCACUGAGCGGGCUUAAAGCACACAACGGAGACUCGAUUGUGCAAUCAUACCCUGCAGUGGUUGAAAAAUUGAUGGUAAAGGAUAGUGUUUUCCUGAUAACUUCUUGCAAUUUUACAGAAACCGAGCUGAAGCAGAUUAUAGAAAAGAAUGGGUCGCUCCAAUUCUGGACUUCAGUCAAGUACCCAGCAUUUAGAUUUGGUGGACAAGAAGGCUCCACUAUCUGCAGCUUAGCCUUUGUAAAAAAAUAG